AUGGUUGAAGCCGCCGUCGGGGAUCCCCACGCCAAUUCCCACGAAUCCGCAAGCCAAAAGCGGAAACGAGAGCCAUCUGACACACCUCACCCCUCCCCUUCACAUCCCACUUCUGCGUUCCUACCAACCCCAUCCAAUGAGGCCGAAAUUCCAGCACCCGCUCCCCAGAAUAGCCAUCAGUCCGCGGCUAUGAGCUUGAACCUUAGCCAAGGCGACCUCCAGGCUCUCCGCAGCGGCGUCCGGAACCCGGAUGGCGAUAUGGUGUAUUUCUUGCCUAGUUUCAUCGAAGAUCCAUGGGCGCGUCUUAAAAAAGGAGUAGCAAACUCGGGUGAGGGGCAGUGGGCGGGGAUGAGGCCAGAUGACGGGUGGAAGAUAAGGGAUGAGGGGAGGUGA